AUGCCGAACGUAACAGUCUCGAAUUCUCAAAUUGAAACGAGUAGUAAUGCACCGUCCUCAGCUAAGUCCAAAAAGAAUAAGAGAAAAUCUAUAGCGGUUACCACCUCAAAAGAUGCUUCUCCAUCACGUCAGGAGCAACUUUCCCCUACUACACCGGCUCUUGAUACUGCGGAAGCCAGUAUUGAGAACGUUAACAAAAAUCCGUAUAUUGAAGUUGUUAACAAAAGGAUCAGAACUUUGAGAAAAAAGAUGGCAAGAAUCGAAAAAUGUGAAGAGAUCAUCAGAUCUAGUCCUGAUGGGAAAAGUCAAUUGAAUAACGAUCAGCUACAAUCAUACGAACGAAAGGGUGAAGUUGCUGGUGCUUUAAAAGAAUGCGAAGACAUUUUGAAACAGAUCGAAAAUAUUGAUAAAGAGGAUACUAAGAACCAAAAAAUUCUGAAAGAACAACAAGAUGAGCGCGAAAAAGCCACUACAAAUGCUGUUGAUGAAGUCAAGACCACGUAUUCUCGAUCAAUCAUAUGCCUCCUUCAGUUCUUUCGACUCGUUCAUUUUCAACAAGUCGGUAUUGUUCAACUAUCACAGGCUGAAUCGGAAGCUGUUGAAACUUUCCGUGCUAAACUGACUAAUAUUGUAGACGAAGUAAAAGAUGAUGUUAGUGAGCUGCGGAUCCAAGAAACUUUAGACAAUAUUAACAAACUACACCAUGGUGAUGAAAGUACAAUUAUCGAGCCAAUGACUAACGGCGCUAAUGAUGCGAGUUAUAAACUGGGCGUGCCAUCUCACGGAAUAACUUAUUCUCAUAUUCGUUCGUUAAUUUUGAGUCCACCAAUAAUAGACUCCGUUGAUAUACAAACAGAGCAAGAAGAAUCGUAUGAGACGCGUGAAGUAGUUAAUGCUCAAGUGGAAGGGCCAUCACAUUUUGAUGAGAAUUUAGGUGAUACGUAUACGAUUCCAGUUGGUGGGUUACAGUUUAUGUUGCCUCGUGGUGAACCAUCAUCUCAAGAUAUAAUUGAUCAUAAUCACACUAGUUAUUCAUAUCCAAAUACGGAUCCUUAUAUGGUUGAACAGCAACAACAACAAUAUUCUGUGGAACACCAGCAUAUUACAGAACAUCAACCGGAACAAACUGAUCAACAACAGGUUUCUAUUAAAAAUAAAGAAGAACCAUUAGCACAACAGCAAGAGCUGAAUCAAAUUUCCGAUACCUCAACUAAUGUUCAACAGCAAGUACUUCAACAAAAUGAUACGUCUCCACCAGCUCAUUCGAAUAAUUACAAGGGAAAUCAUCGUGUUAAUCACCGAAAUAACCGUGGUAGCGGCUAUAGGACACAAGGAGGUCAGGAUUCCAGAAGAGAUAGCGGCGGUUAUAGGGAUGGCGGACAUCGUGAUGGUGGUUAUCGUGGUGGACGUGGUUAUUCAAAUUCUGGUUCUCGUAGUGGCCGAGGCGGUGGAAAUGGAUAUCAAGGAUACCGUGACCGUGGUGGUAAUCAGGGUAAUCAGUACAAACGUUCUCAAGGAAAUUAA